AUGGGUGUAGCUGCAGGCGAACUCAUUGUACCCUUUACAGGCGCCAUUCAAGCUGCCUUCUCCGUCCUUCUGACCAUUGCUUUCGGUGUUGUUGCAGCGCAAUGCAACCUACUAUCGCCCAAUGCGGCCAAGGAAGUCUCGAAGCUAUGCGUGCGCAUGUUUCUGCCGGCUUUGCUAAUCUAUAAAAUUGGAUCCAAUCUACAUCAGGACACAGGAGUAAGAUAUGUGCCCGUUCUGAUAUGGUCGAUAUCCUACACACUACUCUCCGUCCUCUUCGGUCGCAUCCUUACGCGCAUCUUCAAACUACCAGCCUGGGUUGCACCAGCCAUCGCAUUCAACAACACGACUUCACUCCCACUUCUCCUCAUUCAGUCGCUCAAGCAAACCCAAAUCCUCGAUGCUAUACUUAUUGGCGGCGAGUCUGGCAGCCAGGCCAUGGAUCGUGCCGAAUCAUACUUUCUGGUGAAUGCCAUGGUCAGCAAUUCGCUCACGUUUGCACUUGGACCACGGUUGUUAAGGCCAGGAGACGAGGAUGCGUCAGACGAACAAGAAGAAAAUGAGGCGGAUGGUCAGGCGAAUGAGGAUGGCGAGAGCAGUGAUAUGGAGCGAGGUCCGGACGGGAUUAUCGACGAGGAGACUUCGCUGCUCCCACAGCGCCUUACCAAACCCACUAAUCGUGUUGGAAAGAGGGGAUACCUAAAGACACGAAAGUGGUACAAUGAUUUGUCGCCAUGGCUACAAGAGACGUUGGAAAUUACAUGGCAGUUUGCCAAUGCUCCAUUGCUAGGCGCUAUUGUCGGCGCAGUCAUUGGGCUUACACCGGCUCUCCACAGACUCUUCUUCAGUCCUAGCAAUGAAGGUGGAUACUUCAACGCGUGGCUGACGACUAGUAUUAAGAACAUUGGCGAGCUUUUUGCUUCUAUGCAGAUCAUUGUUGUUGGGGUAAAACUCAGCACGAGCAUGCUGCGCAUGAAGCGCGGUGAGAACAGUGGUGAGGUACGCAAAGGAAGUUUGGCAAUUGUCACCUUAGUUAGGUUCAUCAUCUGGCCUUUGAUAAGCAUACCCUUAAUCUGGGCAGUCGCGUCGAAGACGAAGCUUUUGGAUGCAGACCCCAUGCUUUGGUUUUCGAUGAUGCUAAUGCCAACCGGGCCGCCCGCUAUGAUCUUAGUAGCACUGACAGAUGUCACGGGUGCAGCCGAGUCAAUGAAGAUGACUGUUGCGAAGUUUCUGACUAUCAGUUACGCAAUCACACCGGUGAUCUGCUUCGCCGUUGUUGGAGCUCUAAAAGCUACCGAAUCUGCGAUCGAACACAUGUAA